AUGGCCUUGAAUACUGUCCUCGGUCAAGCGCUCUCUAGAAACAAGGCUCAUGAGAAGGUGGACCUGUGGAAGGAGCGAGAGAUUCAGGAUAAGGGUAGCCGAUGUACCAUUUCGCUGAAGAGCCGAAAAGGUGACGUUGUCCGCCAAGUUACAAAGGUACCAGAAGGUGCAGAGGUGACUAGCAAUGUUGUCAACCAGUUUGAGAUUGAGAGAGAAGAGAAUGCUGCCAAAAAGGAGGAUGAGCUGCUGGCAAGACUCGCCAACGGCAAGGAUCCAGCUUGGCGCCCCGACCAGUACCUCUCCCAACUCAAGGGGAAGGGACCUUCGAAACUGAAGCUGAGACCGCAAGACUACUUGCGCAUGGACCCUGAAUUGUUGCAGAAGGUUGUUGCCGAGUACAAGGCUCAGAAGAAGGCUGCCAAGAAGAAGAAAAAGAAGAAGCACAAGAAGGAAAAAAGGGCAGUGAAAAAAGACAAAAAGAACAAAACACUUGCAAAGGCAAAGAAGCGGGACAAACGCUGCACAGACACAGGAGAAGGCAUCGAGGACACGAGCCGCAAAGGAGUCAAGAACGAGCAUCACGAAGUAAAACAAAAGCGAAGAAAGCGGAUAUUGCUCGAUGACACUGGUCAGCCUACUGGCAAAGAGGAGCUCGAGGUGCUUGAGGUCAGAAGCAAGAUAACUGUGAGUCGGAAGAAGCACAUCGUGCACCCAGUGGAUGAGGCCUCCGUGGCUGAAGCGAGGGCCUGCGAGAUUGCAUCGAAACUUCGCAAGCAGGCAAGUCUACAGCCGACGCAGAAGUGCCAAGCCUCGCCGAGCACGGGAUCGAUCAGCAGCUCAGGGUCAUCGAGCUCAGAAAAUGAGAUGGAAGAAGUUCUGACUGAUGAGGAGCUGGAGGAGGACAGCAUCACGGAGUGA